CCAUGCUCCAGGAUAAGUGCCAACCUUUGGCUUCCAAGGGAAAUAAGAACUUUAUGAUCAUAAUACUGCAAAUGUUUUCUUUACAAACGUGCUCUCCAGCGUGCCAGUGCCAUGGUGCAGGAGUGCUGGGCAGUGACUGUGACAGAAGUACCGGGCAGUGCAGAUGUCGAACUGGAUUUGGAGGUUUUUCCUGCGAUACCUGUGCAGCCGGCUAUUUUCAGUACCCCUUCUGCCACAUGUGUGAAUGUAACUUGCUGGGUACCCAGCCUGAAGUCUGUGAUUUUCUUGGGAGGUGUCUUUGUCGCUCAGGGGUCACUGGACUUCAGUGUGACAGCUGCCAGCCUGGCCACCACUCCUUCCCUGCCUGUCAAGAAUGCAGUUGUGAUGGUGUUGGCUCAUUGGGGAAUACCUGUGGUCCUGGAGGGCAGUGUCUGUGCCGUAGUAACUAUGCUGGGCUGAGAUGUGACCGCUGUGCUCCAGGAUAUUACAGCUAUCCCAGCUGCUUGCGUAUCAGCAGCUUGUGUGACCCUGCAGGUAGCGUUGGUUCUCACUCUGGAUAUUGUCAAUGUCUCCAGCAUGUUGAGGGUCCUACCUGCAGUAAAUGCAAACCCUUGUACUGGAACCUGGCCAAAGAAAACCCCCAGGGAUGUACAGCAUGCCAGUGUGAUGUGAGAGGAACACUAAGUGGAGUUGGAGAAUGUCAGCAGGAAAAUGGGCAUUGCUACUGCAAAUCUAAUGUUUGUGGAGAUUCCUGUGGCACCUGUGAAGCUGGUUAUUAUGCUCUUGAAAACAAGAAUUAUUUUGGCUGCCAAGGCUGUGGCUGUGAUGUUGGAGGGUCCCUCAGCCCAGCCUGCUCCCAGUCCUCGGGCAGCUGCCAGUGCCGGGCACACAUCGUGGGCACGACCUGUCGGGAGCCUGAACAAAACUAUUUUUUUCCUGAUCUGCACCACAUGAAGUUUGAGAUUGAAGAUGGGACUACUGUCCAAGGAGAGAAAAUUCGGUUUGGCUACGAUCCUCAGGAAUUUCCUGGCUUCAGUUGGAGAGGAUAUGCACAGAUGUCCUCUAUACAAAAUGAAGUGAGGAUAACUUUGAAUGUGGAAAAAUCAAACCUCUACUUAUUCCGCAUUAUCCUGAGGUAUAUUAACCCUGGAGGUGAAACAUUACCUGGUCGCAUAUCUGCUUGUCAAUCUCAGCCUGGAGCAGGGGCUGCUCAGAGCAAAGAGUUUGUCUUCCCACCCAGCAAGGAGCCAGCUUUUAUCACAAUCCCAGGAAAAAGCUCCACAGAGCCUUUCUCACUGGCUCCAGGCACGUGGACUGUCAGCAUAAUGGCAGAGGAAGUCCUCUUGGAUUAUAUGGUGCUGUUACCCAGUGAUUACUAUGAGGCAUCCCUGUUGCAGAUCCGAGUUACAGAGCCUUGCACACAUCCCAGCCCUGCUUCAGCAGAACACUGCUUGCUCUAUCAGCAUUUGCCUCUGGGUGGAUUUUCCUGUGUCCUUGGUUCAGAGGCAGUGCAUUUCAGACACGGGGGAGAAUCCAGAAGAAUACCUGUGAGACGGCCAGCUCCCAGUCAGCCAGUGAUGGCCCAUGUCAGUGGAAGAGAGGUCAAUUUAGAGAUGACCAUAAAUGUUCCUCAAGUCGGUCGCUAUGUUCUGGUUUUUGAAUAUGCCAAUGAAGAGGAUCAGAUAAACACUGCAGAGGUAACAGUGCAUAGCCCUGGACCUGUCACUGAAGGCAGAGUGAGAAUAUACAGUUGUAAAUACAGUUUCCUUUGCCGCAGCGUUGUAGUUGAUGACAGGAAUCGCAUUGCAGCCUAUGACCUUCUGGCAGACACAAAGAUACAUCUUAAGGCAUCAUCAAGUAAUUUUUUCCUGCACAAAGUUUGCAUUAUACCAGCUGAAGAAUUUUCUCCAGAGUAUGUGGAUCCUAAAGUACAGUGCAUAGCUGCAUACAGGAGUAACAGUGAUAGAAGUGCAGCAUGCAUUCCCUCAGUUUUUGAAACUCCACCAGGAGCUUUGGUUUUGGAUGCAUUCAUAGAUGGGAAGAUUUCCGAAGUACAGGAGAAUAUACUCCAUGAUCCAUGGAGUGCCACUUUACCUGCUGGUUCAGUUCAUGGAGUCACCUUGACACCAUUACAGAGCCAGAUCACCUUGAGUGGCAGAGUGCCCCACUUGGGCAGAUAUGUGUUUGUGGUACAUUUUUAUCAGCCAGCACACCCGGUGUUCUCUGUGCAAGUGCAUGUGACUGCAGGACAUGUGUGGUCAGGUACUUUCAAUGCUUCAUUCUGCCCUCAUAAUUCUGGCUGUCGGGCUCAGGUGAUUGCAGCAAACCAAAUUGAGCUUGACAUUUCUGAACCCAUGGUCUCUGUUACAGUGAUGAUACCAGAUGGAAGAACACUGGUUCUGGAAAAUAUCUUAGUUGUUCCAGCAGACACCUACAGUUACAAAAUUCUUGACAAAAAGACAGUGGACAAGUCAUUUGAUUUUAUCAGCCAAUGUGGAGGAAACAGUUUUUACAUUGACCCAGAACGAUCUUCACCCUUCUGUAAGGACUCUGUAAGGUCACUGGUGGCUUUCUACAACAACGGAGCCCUGCCGUGUGAUUGCCACAGCGCAGGUGCCACUAGCCCCACGUGCAGCCCCCUGGGAGGGCAGUGUGCCUGCAGACCCAACGUCAUCGGCCGCCAGUGCAGCCGAUGCCAAACUGGCUACUAUGGAUUCCCGUUCUGCAAGUUAUGCAACUGUGGGCAGCGUCUUUGUGAUGACAUGACUGGUAAAUGCAUUUGCCCUCCACGAACUGUGAAGCCAAAAUGUGAAGUGUGUGAGAAAUAUUACUUCAGCUAUCAUCCCCUUGCUGGCUGCAAGAGCUGCAACUGCUCAGAAAAAGGAAUUGUUGAUGUGGCAAGUCCAGACUGCGAUAAAACCAGUGGGCAAUGCAAAUGCAAACCAGGAAUAAAAGGACGUCGGUGUGAUCAGUGUGCUCCUGGAACUUAUGGUUUCCCUAACUGUGUGCCAUGUAGCUGUAACAGAGGUGGAACAGAACCAGAUGUUUGUGAUCCCCAGACAGGAAUUUGUCUUUGCAAGGAAAAUGUUGAAGGUGCAGCAUGUGACACUUGCAGACCAGGAUCCUUUUAUCUGAACCCUUCUAACCCCAAGGGAUGCACACCUUGCUUUUGUUUUGGGGCAACCAGCAAUUGUCGCAGCACGGACCGUCGUAGAACCAAGUUCGUGGAUAUGAGGAACUGGCGCUUGGAGGCAGUAGAUGAAAAUAUGGACAUUCCAGUCACUUUCAAUCCAGUCAGUAACAGUGUGGUGGCUGAUGUUCAAGAAUUGCCAGCUUCUGUGCAUAAUUUGUACUGGAAAGCACCACCAUCCUACCUGGGAGAGAAGCUUUCUUCAUAUGGUGGCUUCCUAAGUUACCAAGUGAAAUCUUUCGGCUUACCUAGUGAGGGCAUGAUUCUUCUGGAUAAGAAACCUGAUAUACGACUAACAGGCCAACAAAUGGAAGUUGUUUAUAUGGAUCCAAACAACCCUCUGCCUGAUCGUCAAUAUUAUGGCCGAGUGCAGCUGGUUGAGGGCAGCUUCAGACACGCCGGCAGCGGUAAGGCGGUGUCCCGAGAAGAGCUGAUGAUAAUCCUGUCCCGGCUGGAUGGCCUGCACAUCCGAGCCCUGUACUUCACGGAGACGCAGCGCCUGACGCUCGGGGAGGUCGGGCUGGAGGAAGCCACCAGGCAGGGCAGCGGCAGCAUCGCGCACAGCGUGGAGACGUGCGCCUGCCCGCCGCAGUACGCGGGCGACUCGUGCCAGGACUGCGGCAUUGGAUUUUAUCGUGAGAAUAAAGGAUUAUUUGCUGGACGCUGUGUGCCCUGCAGCUGCAAUGGAAAUUCAAAUAGAUGUCAAGAUGGUACUGGAAAAUGUAUUGGCUGUCAGUAUAAUACUGCUGGGGAGAAAUGUGAGCAUUGUAAAGAUGGUUAUUUUGGAGAUGCCACUCAAGGUUCCUGCCGGGAAUGCCCUUGCCCAUAUACAAACAGAUUUGCAGCUGGCUGUGUGGCAAAUGGUGAAGAAAUCCAGUGUCUCUGCAAAGAAGGCUACACCGGAGCUCGUUGUGAGCGCUGUGCUCCUGGAUAUUUUGGAAAUCCACAGGAAUAUGGAGGCUUCUGUCAGAAAUGUAACUGUAACAAUAAUGGGCAGCUGGCUAGCUGUGACCACCUGACUGGAGAAUGUUUCAAUAAUGAACCAAAAGAUGUGGAUCCCAAUGAAGAUUGUGACUCCUGUGAUAGCUGUGUGAUUACCCUGCUGAAGGAUUUGAGCACAAUAGGUGACGAGCUUCUGCUCAUCAAGGCUCAGCUGCAAAAUGUCCAUGCAAGUACCCACACUCUGGAGCAGAUGAGAGACCUGGAAACACGCAUCAAGGACUUAAAGGUCUUACUGAACAACUACCGUUCUGUUGUUCAUAAUCAAGGUUCAAAGGUAGAUGAGUUGGAGACAGAAUUCCUUAAACUAGCUCGUGAUAUAAAUGCUCUCCAGGAAAAGGCUGAGAUGAACUACAAAGAAGCUGAGAGGUUAUUUAACAAUUUUGGUCAAACUCAUCAGAAAGGAAAGGAUUUGGUUUCACAAAUACAGAUAGUGGUCAACAAUAUACAAGCGCUCCUGGACCAGAUAUCCGGUACAAACGCAGAAGGCAACAACCUGCCCCUGGGAGAUGCCUCGCAGGAGCUGGCCGAGGCUCGGCGCAUGAUGGCCGAGAUGCGGAACCGCAGCUUCAGCCGGCUCCGAGCCGAGGCAGAGAAGGAGCGAACGGAAGCUCAGCAGUUACUGGCACGUGUUAAGAAUCAACUACAAAAGCACCACCAAGAAAAUCGUGGGCUUAUUAAAGCUGUGAGAGAUGCACUGAAUGAAUAUGAAUCCAAAAUCAUUGACCUUCGUGAAGCUCUGAAUGAUGCAACAGGACAAAUCAAGCAGGCUGAAGGCUUAAACAGAGACAACGCAGUUCUGUUAGAAGACAUUAAGAAACGGAUUGAGGAGACAAAUGUGCAACAGAAUGAUGUCUUGAGUAUUCUGAGCUCGGCCCAAUCUUCCCUGACACAAGCUACGAGUGCACUUGGAUUAUUGCAAGAGAGCAAAGAGGAAUAUGAAAGUUUGGCUGCUCAGCUGGAUGGAGCAAGGAAGGAGAUGAAUGAAAAAGUGGCAAAUAUCUCAUCAGCGAGCAAAGAACCACUGGUGGUGAGGGCCGAGGAACAUGCCAAAUCUUUGCAAGAUUUGGCAAAACAACUGGAAGAGAUAAAGAACAGUGCCAAGAAGGACGAGUUGGUAGGCUGUGCUGUGGAAGCUUCUACUGCCUAUGACAAUAUCAUUGGUGCCAUCAAGGCAGCAGAGGAGGCAGCCAACCAAGCUGGGAAAGCAGCUGACUCAGCUUUAUCAACUGUGAAGAGAGAAGACCUAUCAGGAAAAGCUGCAAGGUUAAAAACUGAGAGCAGUACACUCAUGGAUCAAGCACAGGACACUGAAAAGAAAUUGCAAGCUAUUGGUCCAAACCUCGAAGACCUAAAGCGAAGACUUGGUGUUACUGAUGGAAAGACAAAUUCACUGAAAAUUGAUCUUGUCACUGCUCAAAACAAUCUCAACGGGAUAAACAGAGGUGACAUCGACAGCAUCAUCACCAGUGCAAGGAACACGGCAGAAAAUGCCAACUCUGUCACCGAUAGAGUGUUGGGUGAACUGUUCCCAAUUGAAGCAGAAGUGGAAAGAAUUAAGAGUAACUAUGGAAGCACACAGAGUGCCAGCUUCAAUAAAGCACUGAUAGAGGCAAACAAUUCAGUAAAAAAUUUGACAAACCAGCUUCCAGAUCUGUUCAGCAAGAUCAAGAGUAUCAACCAACAGCUGAUGCCAAUAAGCAACAUCUCUGAGAACAUAGAUCGCGUAAGAGAGCUGAUUCAGCAGGCAAGAGAUGCUGCAAAUAAGGUUACUAUUCCUAUGAGGUUCAAUGGCAGCUCUGGUGUAGAAGUUCGACCUCCGAGCAACCUUGAAGAUCUAAAGGGCUACACCUCACUUUCCUUAUUUAUCCAAAGACCUCAGCAAGAACCAGACACCCCCCAGAGGACAAAUAGGUUUGUCCUGUACCUGGGUAAUAAAGAUGCUUCCAAGGACUACAUCGGUAUGGCUGUGAAAGAUGGUUACCUUACUUGUGUCUAUAACCUGGGAGGGGAUGAUGGAGAAGUGAGAGUGCAGUCAUUGGUGACCCAAAGCAAAACUGAGGAAGCUGUGAUGGAUCAAGUUACAUUUGAAAGGAUUUACCAGUAUGCAAAGGUGAAGUACAUCAAAGCAGCAACAUCAAUUUCUCCAGAUUAUGAAAGCCCUAGGAGUGCAAGCAGUGGAGACAGUGACAUGCUCCUCGAUCUUGAUCCCAGCAAUGUUGUCUUUUAUGUUGGAGGAUACCCACCAGAUUUUACGCCUCCACGUAAUCUCAACUAUCCUCAUUAUGAAGGCUGCAUUGAAUUGAACAGCCUAAAUGAGCGUAUUAUCAGCCUUUACAACUUCAAGAGGACUUUUAAUCUCAACACCACUGAAGUGAAACCCUGCAGAAGAUAUAAAGAGGAGACUGACCAAAGCUAUUUUGAGGGCACUGGUUACGCCAGUGUCACAGCGAGAGAAGGAAGUGCCGACCGAGUGCGGUACGAGCAGACAGUUGAGACGACUGCAGAUGAAGGCAUUGUGUUUUUUGCAGCAAACGGGGAUCAGUUUAUCAGUGUGCUCAUUAAAAAUGGCCAUACAGUUUUUAGAUACAAACUUGACUCUGAAACUCCAGAAGAAGUAGAAGGCAAAAACAUUGUAAAUGAUGGAACAUAUCAACAAAUUAAUUUGGUGCUUGACCGAAGAAAGAAAGUUGUGUUUGUCAGUCCUAAUAUUAGAGCCCAAAAACAUGUCUUCAAUUUCACUGAGUACUACCUAGGUGGAGUUCCAUCUUUUCUACGGGAACGCUUUAAUAUAUCCACACCUCCAUUCCGAGGCUGCAUGAAGAAUGUGAAAACUCCAGCCAGAGCAUCUGUUGUUUUUGAUAAGACUUUUGGUGUCAGCAAGAAAUGUUCAGAUGACUGGAAGCUUGUCAGAUCUGCAGCUUUCUCCAAGGACGGAACACUGAGCCUGAGUGCAGCAGAUUUCCCAUUUCCCAAGGAUUUCCAAGUUGGCUUUGGCUUUCAGACCACAGCUUCAAGUGGAACACUCUUAAAUUACAAUCUACAGCCUGAUGUUCUUUCCAUCUCUCUGAGUCCUGGCUCUGUAACUGCAAAGAUACAAGAUAAGGAAAUUAAACUGGAAAAGAAAUAUGAAGAUGGGUCAAUGCAUUAUGUGACAGUAAUAAAAACAGACAACAGAAUACAUCUGAUGGUUGAUGAUGAGUCAAAAGAAGCUGACUCUUCCAGGUCAUCAAACUCACAGGAAUCAAACACAGCUAUAAAAUUUGGUGGUAAUGAUUUCGAAGGUUGCAUCUCAAACAUCUUUAUUAAAAGGGCAGGUCAGCUCCCCGAGGUUCAAGAUCUUGUUGCUAAUACUGGCAAGACCGGUGUAUCCCUCGGAGCUUGCCGGGAAUAUGAAAACCUUCAACCAAUGCUGCUGCAGGAAUUUAAAAAUCCUCUCAGGCUUAAGAUGCUCAAGAAUGAAAAAUACCUUGAUUAUUUGAAAGCUACUAACCUGCAAAACCACGCUCUGCUACAUGACAGCAGUGAAGCGUAUCUCUUUGGAAGCAUCCCCAACAGUUUCAUAUCCUACAUGUUUUCUCCAUUGUUAUCUACGGACAGGUUACAUUUUUCUGUAGAUGUACGGACUCGAUCAUCAAGAGGAUUAAUAGUUUUCAUGGAGGAAAGCUCUGAGGACUCUUAUAUGGCUCUCCACAUUUCAAAAGGACAUUUUGUCUUUUCACUUGGCUCUGGAGAAAAACAAAUCAAAGUCAAAACCACUAUUAAAUACAAUGAUGGGCAAUGGCACACUGUGGUCUUCAGCACAGAUGGGAAGAAUGCCCGCCUUGUCAUUGAUGGUCUAAGGGUCCAUCACAGAAAACUGGCAACAAAUUCUGCCAUCAGCAUUAAGCCACCGGUCUACCUGGGAGGGCUGCCACCACUGAAGAAACAGAAUAUACCAAUGAAGAGUUUCAAGGGUUGCCUGAGGAAUUUUAAGGUGAAUGGAAAAGUCAUGAAUGCACCUCAACAAAAAAAUGGUGUACUUCCAUGUCUGGAUGUUCCCAUGGACACAGGGAUUUACUUCUUUGAUGAAGGAGGAUAUAUCACCAUUGGUAAUUUGCUGAUGGGAUUGGAUUUCAGGAUUGUAUUUACCAUUCGACCAAGGAGUUCAACAGGUGUACUCCUCCAUGCUGGAAGCAAGCAAGACAACUACUUGACUGUUUACAUGAAGGGUGGAAGGGUCAUUGCUGCUGGAAAUAGUGGUGCUGGAGAAUUCCAGGCAUCAGUCACACCUAAGAAAUCUCUGUCUGAUGGACGGUGGCAUACCAUUGCAGUCUCUCAGAAGAAGAACACAGUGCAUCUACAGGUGGGCACACAGAGUAACUAUACCACUGAACUUCAACCCUCUUCUCCUAGACGUGUGUAUCAGCCACUCUACUUUGGCAAAAUUCCAGCAAAUUUGGACACCCCGUGGCUUCCAGUUGAAGACCCAUUUUUUGGCUGUCUUUGGAAUAUUACCAUCAAUGACAAACAUGUGUCUGCCAGGAGAAUUUCAGAGGUUCAUGGUGUAGUGAAUUUGCACGGGUGCCCAGAGAAGUGACCCUGCUGUUACAGUUGUGCACACAUUGGGCUGUGCCUGCUGAAGAACUGUGUGGAUUCCCCUUUGCUGAUCAGCAUCAGGCUGCUUGUUCUGAACAGCCGGUGAGCAAAUGCAUCCUCUGGAUGUGGACUGGGCCAAAGCAAACGGAAAGUAUUUGCUUUGACAAACUUCCUUUUAAAUGUUAUUGAUUUCUGAGGUAAUCCGUUGUGCCUUUUGAGAUAUAUGCAUAUAAUUGCAUAUACCCUCCUGGCCAAAUUCUGCUCUUACCCACAAGAGCAGGGACUUGAGUAACUCCAGUGUCUUAAUUUUGGAAAUUUUCCUUAAUGUUGGCUAUCUUGAGAGUGAACUUGAUCCAUUAAUAUAAAGAAUUUUAUAAAAAUAUAAAUGACUUUGGAUUGUUGCUUAUACAGAAAUGUACAUUGAUGUUAAAAGUAAUAAUAAUAAUAAUAAUAUAAAUGGAGUUUGAAGCACUUUAAGGAGUGAAACUCUGGGGGUUUGUUACAAAGUUAGUAAUUGUGGGACCAAAAUAAAUGCAGUAUGUUCCUAAAA